AUGCUCACCAACUUCACAGCUCUUCUUUUGAGUUUCUCUCCCCUUUCAUCCACAACACGGCAGAAAGUGUUAAAGGAUGCUGGAGCAAGUCCAUUUAAUACCAAGUUCUCUGAAUUGGCCAAUGACACGUUAGAGCUAUGGCAUGUCCCUGGGGCUUCGAUUGCAGUAGUUGAUGGAGCGAAUAUGAAGGAAGCACGACCAAAGCAUUUAUCGCCGCAGCCAUGUCAACUCCUGGUUGACGAUAAUGAUAAGUAUCCACAGGUGCAAUGGAACAUGCCGAUUUCACAGUUGAUCCGGGAUGGCUUCGUUCUCGAAGAUGAUUACAAAAAAACGCCUCAUUUCACUAAUCUGAAUAUGCCUUUUCUCAUCUACUUCUCUCAUGAUCCUGCAGAAAAGGCCCCAGAAGCCCAGGCUCAAGGCUAUGUAUACUAUCAGGAGAAGUACCAGCCAGUCCCAUCCAGGGACCUCGAGAUCGUCAGCGGACCUGGAAGCGUGGUCUCCAACGUCCUCGAUUACACUAAAUGGCUCAGAGCGAUGAUAACCUCCACCGCGCCUAUUCCUAAAAACGGACAUGGGGCGUUAAAGACAUGUCGUACGUUCAUUGACUAUCACCAUUGA